AUGGAUUUUCCAACUAUUGAUAAUCCAUUUUAUAGGGAAAGUUUACGUCCACUAAAACCUACUGCCCAGCAACUUAAUGAUAAACGCUAUAAACCAACUGUUGAAGCAAUUUACUUACGCAGAAGCGAACAACCUGAAUAUAAUGUUCCUAUCUUACCGAAGGAAGGACGUAUUCAAGUACCAGUUCGUGAUGGAAAACCAGGUGAUCCAAAUAGACACGCGGCAAGAGCAAUUAAACAAGAUGAAAAACAAGAUGAAUUUUUCGAAUUUCAAGAAUAUGAACGACAAUAUAAUGAAUUAAGAUUACGCAUUGCUGCUAUUCGUGAAAAGUCCAAAAUGUAUCCUGUUUGGGCAAAUGAUAAUCCAUCAAUUCCUGCAUCUUUAAAUCGAAAAUUCGGCGACUUAAAUCAACAACUCUUCGCACUCAAAAAAUGCUUUGUUUCUCCAGAAGAAAUCAUGCUUGACAAUACAGCUGCUUUAAUUCAGCGAUUUUGGAGAUCAAAAUUACGAAAAAAUACAUUACGAAAAGCUAUGGAAGCAAUUCACAAUUACAAAGUUCGUGAACUUCAGCAGACACAUCGUUCUUUGAACUCAUGGCUUGCUCAAAUGGAGUAUUCAGAUUCCAGAGCUCAGCAAUUCCGUUUUCGCUCUAUUUCUAAAGUCUCCAAGUAUGCAUCCAAGCAAUGGAUCAAAUGGGCUGAACGUGAAGCCUACCAGACAAACAGAAACGAAUCAAAAGCUUUAGAUCUCCAACAAAAGCUCACAGAGAAGCGUCAUAAGCGCGCUUUAGUACAAUGGAAAGAAAUAGCUAUGGGACCAAGAUCCCGCAAAGCCAUGGCCAAGUGGCGUACUUCCAUGGUUCCGAAAAUGAAAGCCGAAUUAGAGAAAGUUGGUCGGGAAGCCCCACAAGAAUACAUACCACUUGUCUCAGCCUAUGUCGAACUCCGCAACCAACAUUCAUUUCUGUUCAACUUUUUCAUUGCAUGGCACGCAAGAUUUCAUUCCAAGUCCCUGCGCGAGACUGUAUCAGACAGGAACGCGGCCAUUCUCUAUAAGAAGCACUGCCUUACACGCACGUUCAAGUUCUGGCUCACAAAUGUCCGUCAAACGAAAGAAUUUCUCAAAACCAAAGAGAAAUGGGACAGAUACAUCAAACUCUCCCGCAGCCAGCACCAGCAAAGGAUGGCUGUUGUCCGCGCGUUAGUCACAAAGUGGCACGCGUACAGCAGAGACAGAGUUAUCCUCAGACACAAGAGAAAGUCAAAUGAUGAAAAAUUGACACGUGGCACUUUUAUCGCUUGGAAAGAUACGACACAGAAGCACAGGGAGAUGAAGAUGAAAGCAAUUGAGAUGUGGAAACGCCACAUACAAGAUCCGAAAGUUGCCGUUUUCAGGAAAUGGAGAAUUUACGCGAUCAAAAAACGUGCUCAACAUCAAAUGGACAAUUUAUUGUUCCAAAGCGGCCAACAGUGGAGAGCUCGACGUGUUCUUGAUGAGGCAUUUGCUAAAUGGCAACUUGCCUACGGAAAGAACAAAAACGCUCGAGCAGGAAAAGCUUUGGAACAAAGGAAAUGGUAUCUCCAAUCGACCAAACAAAACACGACGAUGCUCAGCGCGGAAUACGCAAAAGAAAGAGAGAAAAUUGCAGCGAUUGAGAAGAAUUUGGGUGAUGUCACAACACAGUUCAUCCAAACAGAAGAUGAAAUCGCCAGAUUGGAAGAUGUCACGACCACUUGGAAGAUUGCUUUGCACGCAAUGAAGAUGGAAUACAUCAGAUUGGCAACAAUUGUUGAAAAAUGUGCAACAUCAAGUGUCAGGAAGCAGAGAAGAAUGUCUGAUGAUGAUUUCUACGAGAGAAUCAACAAUGACGACAGAUACAUGCAAGGUUCCAAAUCAAGACUCAACAACUUCAAGACUGCGGACAGAGUUGUUGGUAAAUGGGAAAGAAGAAACUCUGAUCCUGAAAUUAAUCCUCAGGAAUACGUCGAUUUGAAGCCACCACUGGAUGACGCAAUCAUACAACUCCUUCAAUUGGACAAAGAUAUAUAA